UUCUGACACAGGGUUCCGUUUUGGACAUUUCUUGGGUUUACUCCAACCUGAAAAUAAUAGUUUAGUCCUUACAUUUCUUGGGCUGAGCUGAAACAUGCCUCAAAAUGCAAAAUUUUGUGCAAAAUUUACUUGGGUUUUCUUGAAGACUUUCCAUUUUGUGGAUGUUGUCAUGUUUUCUUGCUUGUGGAGCUAGGUUUGGUUUAGCUUCUCUCUCAGCUGGAAAAGGGAGGAGUUAAAAUGGGCGAGGGAUGUGAUGUUCGACGGUGGGAUGAGUUACUACCGGACACGCUUGGCCUAGUUUUCAAAAACCUUUCACUGCAGGAGGUGCUUACGGUAGUGCCAAGGGUUUGCAAAUCGUGGCAAAUAGCGGUUCUGGGGCCGUAUUGUUGGCAAGAGAUAGACAUUGAGGAAUGGAGCAGAAACUGUUGGCCCGAAAAGAUUGAUCGUAUGCUUCAAUUGCUGAUUAAAAGAAGCUGUGGUUCACUUCGUAAGCUCUGUGUUUCUGGUGUCCCUAACGAUUCGAGCUUUAUGUUUAUUGCAAAUAAUGCCAAAUCUCUACAGACAUUGAGGUUGCCGAAGAGUGAAAUCAGUGAUUCCAUAGUAGAGCAGGUUGCGGGAAUGUUCAAAAACAUUACGUUCUUAGAUAUCAGCUACUGCACACAAAUGGGGGCGAGAGCACUAGAAGCAAUUGGGAUGCAGUGCAAAUUUCUCACGGGUUUGCGGCGAACUAUGCAUCCCUUACAGGUGAUUGGCAAGGUCUCCCAAGAUAACGAAGCAUCUGCAAUCGCUUCCACGAUGCCAAAGCUCAAGCAGCUCGAGAUUGCAUACAUGCUUGUUGGCACAACGAGCAUACUCGAGAUCCUUGAGAGUUGCAGACAUCUGGAGUUACUGGAUGUGCGUGGCUGUUGGAACGUGAGCCUUGACGAGAGCUUCUUGAAGAAGUUCCCGAGGCUAAAAGUUAUUGGACCGGUGGUUGUAGACUGCUACGAAAUGAAUGGCCUGGACAAUUGCUCGGAUUUUUCGGCCUCGUCCGGCUAUCUGCCGUGGGACUUUGUGGCUGGCGACAUGGACGAUGAUUACGACGAGAUGUCGGAUGGGUUCUGGGAAGACGAUCAGCACAUCGAGGACGUGGAAAUGUGGUUUUAUGAUGACUUGAAUGCUGUAGAUUCUGGGUAUGACUGGCCACAGUCUCCUUAGGUUUGCUUGUGAGUGUUCUUUUCUAGUUCAAAGGCUCUCUACUAGAUGCAGCUGUUUGUUAUAUUGUGUAUGCAAUAUCUUCUCUCCACUUUCCUCAUCUCCAAGGGGGAAAAAGAAGCAAAUCCCUUGUUUGAGUUAGUGUGUACUUUGCUGAUGAUAUGAAUAAAGAUUCUAUCAUACUAUCA